ACACAAGAAAGUUCCUUUUUUUUAAUAAAUAUACAAAGAGAGUAACGGAAGAUAAAAAAAUAAUGACAGAGGAGAAUCUGGAGAUCGCAGAAGAAAUAGAGAAAACGCUUUGUGCGAAUAAGAAACCCUAGCGAGCGGAAGGAGACAAAGACGAGAGGGAAGAUUCCAAUUGGAUUUGAGAGUGUUUUAACGGAUCAAUCGUGAAAUAAACACAGAGGCGAAGGUCUCUUUUAAGUGAUGGGGAAGAAGAAGAAGAGAGCGACGGAGAAGGUGUGGUGCUACUACUGCGACAGAGAGUUCGACGACGAGAAGAUUCUUGUGCAGCACCAGAAAGCCAAACACUUCAAGUGCCAUGUCUGCCACAAGAAGCUCUCUACAGCUAGCGGCAUGGUGAUUCAUGUCCUUCAGGUUCAUAAAGAGAAUGUUACAAAGGUUCCUAAUGCUAAAACCGGUCGAGAUUCAACUGACAUUGAAAUAUAUGGAAUGCAAGGGAUUCCACCUGAUGUUUUGGCAUCUCACUACGGAGAAGAAGAGGAAGAGUCUCCAGCCAAAGUUGCAAAAAUUGAAAUUCCUUCCGCUCCUCUUGGUGGUGCAGUUCCUAGACCAUAUGCAAUGGUAUAUCCGCCUCAACAAGUGCCUGGUGCUGUGCGACCACCAAUGUAUUAUCCUGGUGCUCCUAUGCGUCCCGCUGGUCCUGGAUGGGCUAUGCCUCCUCCACGUCCACAACAACAAUGGUAUCCACAAAAUCCAGCGGCUCCUCCACCUCCCCAUGUAGGGUAUCGACCACAACAACCACUUUUUCCUGUUCAUGGUAUGACUAUGCCGACACCAUCUCCUGUAGUCAGCGGAGUCAAUCCUCCUGGGAUUCCUUCGUCAUCACCUGCAAUGUCGGUUCCUCAACCUCUGUUCCCCGUUGUGAAUAGCAGCACUCCUUCUCAAGCUUCACCAUUCUCUGCUCCUCUUCCCGUUGGUUAUGCUCAGCAACCGUCUCCUGCGGAUGCCACCGUAGGAUCAGUGAAUGCAUAUCCGUCUAACAACUCUUUCCCAGUGGGUGGGACUAACUCUCAUUCGUAUGCCUCUGGUCCAAACACCAGCGGUCCAUCCAUUGGUCCACCUCCUGUAAUUGCAAAUAAAGCUCCUAGCUCUCAGCCUAAUGAGGUCUAUCUUGUAUGGGACGAUGAAGCCAUGUCUAUGGAAGAAAGAAGAAUGUCCUUACCGAAAUACAAGGUGCACGAUGAAACCAGCCAGAUGAACUCGGUGAAUGCAGCCAUAGACAGACGAAUCUCAGAGAAUCGCUACUUCGCCAUUGUUGCUAAAAUGAAAGCUUUUAGAUCUUUACGGAUACUGAUUUCCAUCUCACGGACGGCGACACCUCGUAGUAAAUCCCAUCUGUCUCCCAACUUUCUCCGCCGGUUUUACUCGGCGCAGCCGAAUCUAGACGAACCCACUUCCGUCAACGAAGACGGACCCAUCAGCGACUCUAUUUUCGAUAGCAGUCAAUACUCAAUCCCUGGAAUCGAAGAUUCCCAUGUGGAUUCCGUGAAAAAGCUCAAGCAACCCUAUUGGGAUAAAGGGUACAGGGACAGAGUAGAGAAAGAGCUGUUUCCGAAAGAGUCUGGGAAAGGUAAAUUGAGAAUCCCAGAAGAAGUGAGUUCCGAAGAAGAUGAUGAUCGUGUCGAUAGGUCGAGGAUCCUCGCGAAGGCUCUCUUGGAGGCGGCGCUUGAGUCAGCUGAUGAAGAACUCGGUGAAGGCGAGGUUAGAGAAGAAGAUCAGAAGUCGCUUAAUGUCGGAAUCAUCGGCCCACCAAACGCCGGAAAAUCCUCGCUCACUAAUUUCAUGGUUGGAACAAAAGUUGCAGCUGCUUCACGGAAGACCAAUACGACGACCCAUGAAGUGUUGGGAGUAUUGACGAAAGGAGACACACAAGUUUGUUUCUUUGAUACUCCGGGUCUAAUGCUGAAGAAGAGCGGAUAUGGUUACAAAGACAUCAAGACUCGCGUGCAAAACGCUUGGACUUCGGUUGACCUAUUUGAUGUCCUCAUUGUUAUGUUUGAUGUCCAUAGGCAUCUCACUUGUCCGGAUUCAAGAGUUGUACGCUUGAUCACACACAUGGGCGAAGAAGCGAAUCCGAAACAAAAACGCAUUCUAUGUAUGAACAAAGUUGAUUUAGUUGAGAAGAAGAAAGAUCUGUUAAAGGUUGCAGAGGAGUUCCAAAAUCUCCCAGCGUAUGAAAGGUACUUCAUGAUAUCAGGACUUAAAGGAUCUGGAGUUAAAGAUCUUAGCCAAUAUUUAAUGGACCAGGCAGUGAAAAAACCAUGGGAGGAAGAUGCGUUCACCAUGAGUGAAGAAGUCUUGAAGAACAUCUCUCUUGAAGUUGUUAGGGAGAGAUUACUAGACCAUGUUCAUCAGGAAGUUCCAUAUGGCGUGGAGCACCGCCUAGUGGACUGGAGAGAGCAGCGAGACGGGUCUCUGAGGAUCGAACAGCAUCUCAUCACUCCUAAACUUACCCAACGCAAGAUUCUUGUGGGCAAGGGUGGUUCCAAAAUCGGGAGGAUAGGGAUAGAGGCCAAUGAAGAACUCAGGAGAAUAAUGAACCGCAAAGUUCAUCUCAUUCUCAAGGUAUUGCACAAGUGAUGAAACCAUUCUCCGAAGACUUUAGUUUUUUUUUGAGUUUCGAAGGAUUUAGGUUGUACACGAUUCGAUAUCUGUCUGUAUAUGGUGUUGUGAAAGAUUAGACAUUGACAUUAAAAAUAGAAACAUUUACUACAAACAGACAGGAUUACAAGAAUAAUAUAAAGCAACAGAAUUUUGAUAAAAACAA